AUGUCUUUGCCCGUCAUUACUUACACUCGUCGGGAUAUGGAGUUCAUCUCGUUCCUCGAAACUGGGCAACUCCCCGCCAAUUACAACCCCAUGGACUAUGACCAAGCUCCUUCCGCAAUGAUUUACGGUGACCAAGGCCCUGGAUGGGAUUUUGACAACGAUGAUUGUGACCUUGUUGCACUGUCUAAAAACUUCAACAUACCCCCUUUGACCGCAACUGGCUCGUCCUUCGAAAUUUCCUCCUCUCUCGCAACUGCCUCCUCUUCCGCAAUUUUCUCGUCUCCUCAGGUCACUGCGGUCAACGAUGUCAACGUUCCCGAGUCAACUAGCUUCUCCUCGAUCCAGGAAGCUCGGAACUCGGUCCGGCGUCAAGGAACGAUCCCGCAAGACGAGACGUUCCCAAUGUCAGUAAUUGACGUCAGACACGGUGUCGGGCUUCUUAUGGGUGCCAUGAAGUCGACCAAGUACGCCAAAGAUGCGCAAAAAGUUAUCGAGCCUUUUACCCGAGGUAGAUACGGGGACAAGGAGAUCGAGUUGACCUGUUGGGAAGUCAUGGACUGCCUCAUGACUCGCCAAAUAAAUGCGGUCAGCUUUACAGAGGCCCAGAAGAACCGGGAGACCGGGUCUUUCAAAGCCCGUUUCGACUUCGCGAUGGUGGCACUCAAGCAAUACAAAUCAAUUUGCAAGCAUCUACUUGAUCCAAAAUACGUCUACACUUUUGUCGACAAUCCUGAAGCCGCUGGCAAGCGGGUCGCCGCCAACAAGACGGUGAACGACAAAAAGAAAACCCAGCUUGAGGCUGGAAAGGGGGUCUUGUCUUCUGCCCCCUCGCCUGAUGCUGAAAUGGGUGGCACUUAG